AGGAGGACGUCAUAGAGGAGAAGGCGGAGGCAGAGAAGGAGGGAGGCGGAGAGAACGCAUAGAGGGAGUGACCGCCGUGUCGCAGUUUACUCGCCUUCAAAAUUCAAGCGCAACCAGCGUAAACAUACGGAAGAAAUCAUAACGCCAGUGCCAGUUCCUACUGCAAAGCGCGGGAGAGUACUGCUAGCACAACAAGGGUCAUUUACCUGUUCUCUUCCUUCGGGAGGCGAAAGGUUUGGAUAGUAUGGCAACAACAUCUUUACAGAUCCGAGGACUUCCGAAAGAAAACGAGAGUGAAUGCAGAAUCCUGAAAGUGAAAGUUAUUGCUGGGAUCAAGCUGGCUAAAAAGGAUAUACUAGGAGCAAGUGAUCCGUAUACAAAACUGUCCCUGUAUGAUCCUCUAAGUGGAGCUAUAGCAAGUGUGCAGACUAAAACCGUAAAAAAGUCUUUGGAUCCAAAAUGGAAUGAAGAAUUCUAUUUUAGAGUGCAUCCCACGAAGCACCGCCUCCUGCUGGAAGUGUUUGAUGAGAACCGCCUGACACGUGAUGACUUUCUGGGACAGGUGGAUGUUCCCCUCAAUCAGAUACCAACAGAAAAUCCUAAUGCACAAAGGCCAUACUCAUUCAAGGAUUUUCUGCUUCACCCCAGAAGCCACAAGUCCAGAGUUAGGGGCCAUCUGCGACUCAAAAUGACCUAUGUGCCAAAAAACCCAGGUUCCAAUGAGGAAACAACAGAUCCAAUUGAUGAUACGGAUCCUGAAUGGGAAUUGUUGGAACCUCAGGACAUGUCAGGUCCCAUGCACUGCCACCCAGCGCCUGCUCUGCCACCAGGCUGGGAGGAACGUCAGGACAACUUGGGAAGAACCUACUAUGUCCACCAUGAGAGCAGAACCACACAGUGGCGACGACCAACGUUACAGGAUAGUAGCACGGACACUCUAAGGCGACAAAACACUACAAGGCAGAGGGAGCAGAUUUAUCUCACACGCAGACAAAUCUCAGACCCUGACGAGGCCACUGCACAAAAUGUGAACUCUGAGGUUUUUCAAAAUGAUGCCGUCAAUUUACAAGAGGACAACCAGCCCACAUCACCACCACCACACCAGCUGUCCCAGGAGUUGCUGGAGUUUGAGGAAGACCUAACAAACAUGCAUAUUACAGGGGCCACAGCCGUAGACCCCAGCGUCUCUCAGAUAGAUCAUGCUUGUAAUCCGAUCCAUUCCAUUCAAAGGCAUAGUUUUCACACGACGAGAGGAAUGGCGGUUCCUGUUGAUACCGCGCUGCUUGCAGCCUCUCUGAAGCUGCCUCUAGGAUGGGAGGAGAAGAGGGACGGUAAAGGAAGACGCUACUAUGUAAACCACAAUACUCGAACAACCUCUUGGAUACGACCCAGCAUACAGAAAUUGGAUGCAACACCGCCCUCACAGAGUAGUGUUAGAAUGCCAUCUUUACCGCCUGCGUUCCUUGAGGCAUCUCCCCAGCCCACCUUGCGCCCUGAGGCCACACCUGAUUCUGGCUCUAUGCCAGUUGGUUGGGAGGUUCGCAGCGCUCCCAAUGGAAGACCUUUUUUCAUUAACCAUGCUACAAAGACCACUACCUGGCAAGAUCCAAGGCUAAGAAUUCCUGUUCAAAUGAGGAGGAGACCCUCACUGGACCCAUCUGAUCUUGGCCCAUUGCCACCUGGUUGGGAGGAGAGGGUCCACUCGGAUGGGAGGAUAUUCUACAUAGAUCACAACACCAAGAUCACACAAUGGGAUGAUCCAAGAUUACAGAAAUCAGAAAUAACUGGACCAGCAGUGCCUUAUUCCAGAGAUUAUAAACAGAAGUAUGACUACUUCCGCAAGAAACUAAAGAAACCGGACAACAUCCCAAAUCGCUUCGAGCUGAAGGUGAGGAGAAACGCGGUGCUGGAAGACUCGUAUCGUCAAAUCCUCCUAGUGAAGCGGCCAGAGUUGCUGAAGGCCAAACUGUGGGUGGAGUUUGAGGGAGAAAAAGGUUUGGACUAUGGAGGCUUGGCCCGAGAGUGGUUCUUCCUCAUGUCCAAGGAGAUGUUCAACCCCUACUAUGGACUCUUUGAAUAUUCUGCCACGGACAACUAUACGCUGCAGAUAAACCCCAACUCAGGUUUAUGUAAUGAGGACCACCUGACCUACUUUAAGUGCAUUGGCCGUGUGGCAGGCAUGGCUGUGUUUCAUGGUAAACUGCUUGAUGCUUUCUUCAUCCGACCUUUCUACAAGAUGAUGCUGCAGAAACCCAUCACCCUCCAGGACAUGGAAUCUGUCGAUAGCGAAUAUUUUAAUUCACUGAAGUGGAUUUUGGAGAAUGAUCCGACUGACCUGGAUAUGAUGUUCACCAUUGAUGAGGAGCUCUUUGGACAGACUCACCAGCAUGAGCUGAAGCCCAACGGUGAAGAGAUUGUGGUCACUAAUGAAAACAAGAAUGAAUAUAUCGAUCUGGUGAUACAGUGGCGCUUUGUAAACCGAAUACAGAAGCAGAUGACUGCCUUUAAGGAUGGUUUCUUUGAGUUGAUCCCUCCAGAUGUAAUCAAGAUCUUUGACGAGAAUGAGCUUGAGUUGCUGAUGUGUGGUCUGGGAGAUGUGGACGUGAACGACUGGAAAGCAAACACAAAGUACAAGAGUGGCUACAACUCCAACCACGUCGUUAUCCAAUGGUUUUGGAGAGCAGUACUGCUGAUGGAUGCAGAAAAACGAAUUAGGCUCUUGCAGUUUGUGACUGGAACCUCCAGAGUCCCAAUGAACGGCUUUGCGGAACUCUACGGAUCUAAUGGGCCACAGCUGUUCACCAUUGAAUUGUGGGGAACGUGUGACAAACUGCCCCGAGCCCACACAUGCUUUAAUCGCCUGGACCUUCCACCUUACAAAUCCUUUGAGGAAUUGAAGGAGAAACUUCACAUUGCCAUUGAGAACGCACAAGGCUUUGACGGUGUGGAUUAGUGAAUAAACGGAUGGUAUUACGUCACCCAAGUGCAGCAAAGCAGUGAUGAAGUUGUAAAGUGAAAAGAAAUCGCAGCCCUGGGUCCUAAUCCUGCCAGCUGUGACACACAUGAAGGACGGACACAUACAGUACAGUAGCCCCCACUUUGGUGGUCUCUUUGGGCACUUGUGAAGAGGGGACAACAGCAUCUGGAGACGUUUCAUCUACGCUGGUGUUCUGAAGUUUACCUAUCAUGCUCUUUUGAUUCUUUAAUGAAAGUCAUCUCAUGUCAAAAGGCCAUGUGGCCAACAUCAACUGUGAGAACAGAGUUGUAUUAAUUAGGAUCUCUGAACAAAACUGACCUAACCUCUGAAUUUGGGCUUACCAUUAUCUGUCCAGGUUCUAUUUUAAACAGAGAAUACUUAGGGAUGUUCCGAUCAGGGUUUAAUGCUGCCCAUUCCGAUACUGAUUAUUCAUGAGUAAGCUCGGCCGAUGCCGAUCACAUAGCUCUCCAAGUUCCACCAUAACGACCAAAAUUAAAAUACUGUAAGACAUUAGGUCGAAGUAUUCAUUAAAACAAGGCAGCACUUUUAUUUAAUAUUUUUGGCCACUGUAAUAUUACGCACAGUUUGAACAGUAACAUUGUGUUUGAAUAUAGGAAAAUAAAGCACUGUACUUUAAUCAAGCAAUUAUUUGGUCUACCACUAGAUGGAGCCAGCAUACCACUAGUGGUACACCUACCCCAGUUUGAGAAUCCCUACUCUAUUACAUAUAAUUGUUUAGUCAAAACUAAGCCGAGAGUACACCAUAACUAAAUAAAAGCAAAAACUACUAUCUCCUAUUUUAGAUUUUUUUAAUUUAUUCUGAUAUUACCUUUAGUGUCGACACCCCCAAUUUAUGGAUUGAUCCGCCCAUACGUGUUGUUCCCCUCUGGCUGUGACAAUGAUGACACACCAUCAGUUGUUAUAUUAUACUCUCUCUAGACUCUUAAUAACCUACCUAUUUAAUUAUAUGUUAUUAGCUGCUUACUUUAAAUAACGCACUUCCAUCUAGACCAACUUUAAUAAGCACUUAUCUCUUGGUAUUGUUUUAAGCUAGCUUGGCGGUUAGCUUAGCUAUUAGCAUGUUUAGCCUCGUCCUCCAGUUAUAAUGGUACUCAAGAUAACAAGAAAUGCAGUUUAUUUGCCGCAAUGUAGGUGAUUCCUAUUAUCUUAGCGACGUGGCUCCACACUGCCCGUCAGGGGGGAUCAAAAGGCAUUAAUCGGCAACGGUAUACAUAUUUGCCAUAAAAAUCUUCUGAUACGGUUCGGUGGCCAAUUGAUCGGCACAUCCCUAGAAAGUACAUUUAAAUCACUUUGUUUGGUUUAAAUAUGUUGGCGCAAUCAGCAUGCGCCCAUUCAAUAACAUAAACAAAUUAUUUUGAUUCAGCUGAUUGUUUUUUAGAAGUCUUGUCCUUUUAAUUCACUUUUAGAGGUAAUCGUGGACGGCCACGAUAGAUAACCAAAACAACUUGGGUCCAGGUGACUGAAUCACCGCCCACUUACCUGUAACGGUAAGCCAUUCAAUUAACAUACAUUUAUAACAUUAGUGCCAUGUUAUUUAAUUCAAAUGUAAUCCAACUUGGAAGCAGUUUUCUACAAAAAAAUGGAUAACUUAACAGGAAACAUGAACUUGUGAGUCAAGUGAUUUCUAUUAAGUUUUAUGUAUGCUUUUUACGUGACUCAUUCCAGUACAGUAUAGCCUCAACUUACAAGCUUAAUUGGUCCUGUGACAGAACUCUACACUUAAUGUAUCGCAAAUCAACGUCACCACAUCCACUUUCUUCCUCCCCAUGAUUGUAAAACAAUGUUAUGUCCAUCUCUAGAUAUAACAGGGGUGUCAAACGUACGGCCACAGGUUUUAUCCGGCCCGCGGGAUGAGUUUGCCAAGUACAAAAAUGAGCCGAAAUCUUUGAAUGAAAGAAACUGCUGUUCUAAAUGUGUCCACUAGAUGUCGCAAUAGCGAUUAUUUGUAUCUGUCGAUUAUGCUACAUAUGUAAAAAAAAAAAAACAAAAAAAACAUGUUAGUGCACCAACCGAGGAAAAUGAGCAAACUACAUAAAUAACAUCCUGUAAUUUGAUUUUUAUUUGAUUUUUUCAUCUUGAUAGAUUGAAAAUGAACACCAAUGAGUUGACUGAUGAACAUUAUCACAUCAUUUAUUCAGAAAGUGUAAAUAACGACAAAGGUAGAAUACUAUUAAUCGCAACGUGUAAGGGUAAAAAAACCACAUUAUGAUUUGUACAUUUUCAGAAUGUGCUUGUUCUAUUUUUAAUCAAAGAAAACAAUCUGAAUGUGUCUUUAUUUGUUAGUUAUCAUGCCGUGAUUUUACCUGUUCGGCCCACUUGGUAGUAGAUUUCUCUCCAUGUGGCCCCCGAUCUAAAAUGAGUUUGACACCCCUGAGAUAUAAGCCACAGCUAGCGAGUAAGAUCGGAUUGUUGUGUAGAUCUUACAAGGUUCACUGUGACAUUUGCUACGCCAACUAAUGGCGGGAUGAUUUCUUUCUAGCAACUUAAAGCAUAAUUCGUUGAGAGGCCGCUCUUAUCUCAAAACACUCUUAAGUUGAGGCACUCUUAUGUUGAAGUACCACUGUAUUCUGUAUUAGACAGUUAUUUGGAGAAUAUGUGUGCCUUAAAACAGACAAUGCUUGGAUUGUGUGCAAGUAAAGCCAAGUAUGGAUUUGAGAAAUGUACCAAUGCCAGGACCAGUUCAAGGCUCAACUAAAAUGUUUUGUGUGCAGGUGCAAAGAGGUGACUAUUUGGCCCUUUUGAUGGUGUCACAAUACUAUGCAUCAUUUUAUACAUGUCUAUGGUAUUCUUACAUACACACAACUGAUUAAACUUGUAUGAUGGCUAUACAUGUCAUGCAAAGAUACAAAUACUGUUUUGCAUUUAAUAUUGUACAGAUAAUACUUUUAUUUGCUUACACAAGCAUUUCCGACAGCUUGACUGAAUCCUUUGUGCAUACCAUUCUAUUCAUCAAGGUUAAAUAGUUUUGAUGGUGUACUGGCACAUAUUGUGUAUUCAGACUGGCUCCUCAUAUCUUGGUAAAAGCAUCUUUUUUAACAUUUUCUUCUUUUCUGAAUUGUGUUUACACCGCCUCCCAUGUUUACUAAAGACUGUUGACAAUGGAGGCUGUUUUAAACGUAUGCUUUUUACAAAGCCAAGCACUUUUUUCACAUCACUGAGUCUUAUCUGAACUGUCUUUGCCAAUCUGUCACCUGCACACUUCUUAAAAUGCUCCUUUAAGAAAACAUUUGUAUGCUUCAAGUGCACCUGUUGAAAUGUUUACAUGUGAACAUUGCUGAAAGUAAGCACAUGCUCUCCCUUCAUUUUCUAUUUUGAUGUACUAUCGAUAUUUACUGUGUUUGAUAAUGAAUAGAUCUAGCAUUCAUAUCUGAGUAAUACAUUUUUGUUACUUUGACAUGGAAUUAUGACACCUGCAUUAUAGCAAAAAUCAAUGCUACAUCAUGCGUAUUACAAAGUUUAAAGAGUGGGAUGGCAUGUUGUUUAGUAUCUGCAUUUUGCUGAUUGCACAGCAAACUAAUAUAAAUAUAUUUGACAAAUAAAGGCACGUGGAAACAAUGACAUCUCUGUCGUGACACUUGCCUUCUAAGUCUGUUUAAAUGUAAUUAUACUUUUGGCAUAUGGUUUCAGCCACUGGUCAUCUUGGACUAGAGGCAAAUAGGGUAAUUCCCCAUUACAUCCAGCAGAUGGUGCUAUAGUAAGAAAAAAAACAGAUUUUCAUUGGCUGUCCGAUUUAUGCAAAAUAAUUAAAGGCUGAGCUAUAAAAUGAAUGUGUGCUGUAUAUGUAACAUAGAUUUGAAAAAAUGUACAACUCAUAUUGUGCUUAGAAGCCAAACACCCUAAAGAUGUAUUAUUUGCUUCUGUGGUUAUCAGUAGGCUACACUUUUGUAGUGGCAGUAUAUAUAUUGUUUUUAUAAUAUAGCCACUCUUUUUUUCCUAUGACUUUGUUUCAUUUGUAAUGUAUAACGACAUAUUUUUCUUUAACUUUUGAAUGAACUCCAAAUUGUUCACUUUUGGCCUUCCACUGAACAAAUAUUUACUUUUU